CGUGUGUUAAGGAGACGAAAGAUUCUGUCCACGGUAGCGCGUUCACAUCUUCCGCUUUUGAUACCUGUUGCAUCUGUCUGUUGUGCCGGGUUACUAAACAGUUAUCGCCUAGCGCAUACGCUAAAGAAACCAAUUCUAUAUACAUUGGCGACACAUAGAUUAACUGAAGCGCAUUUGAGAAGGCAUUUGAAGUGCUUGGAGAACAUACCGAAAUAUUCGAAUUAUAGACAAAUACACACAAUGGGUUCCAUGCUCUGUAAGGAAUACAAAACAACUGGCAAAGUUACGCCCAAUCCGGAUCAGAAUUCAGGUGCCGCCGGCUCCUAUCAAUCCAAGUGCGAGAAGAUGUUCGCCGUCAGCGAUGUGGAGAAAGAAUCGGAGUACACCGAGGCAGUGGCCGUCUGCAAGGCCAACGAGGUGGCCGAGAAUAGCAUGAAGCAGGUGGACUUUGAUGAGGAUACCAGCGUGCUGCUGGUCAAGCAGCAUGGCAAACUGCAUGCCAUUGGCUCGAAGUGCACCCAUUAUGGGGCACCGAUGCACACGGGCGCACUGGGCAUCGGGCGCAUCCGUUGUCCGUGGCAUGGCGCCUGCUUCAACCUGGAGACGGGCGACAUUGAGGACUUCCCCGGCCUCGACUCGCUGCCCUGCUACAAGGUGAACGUCAGCGAUGAGGGCCAGGUGAUGGUGCGCAUGAAGCGCACCGAUCUGGAGAAGACCAAGCGUCUGAAGAGCAUGGCCAAGCGUAAUCCCAAGGACGAACGCUGCUACAUUGUCGUCGGCGGCGGGCCAUCGGGUGCCAUUUGCGUGGAGACGCUGCGCCAGGAGGGCUUCACCGGCCGCCUGAUCCUCGUGUGCCGCGAGCCCUAUUUGCCGUACGAUCGCGUCAAGGUGUGCAAGUUCGCGGGCAUCCCCAUCGAGAGCAUACAGUUCCGUGAUGAGAAGUUCUACAAGGACAACAACAUCGAGGUGUGGCAGGGCGUUAGCGCCGAGAAGCUGGUCACGGCCCAGAAGGAGCUGCACUGCUCCAAUGGCUAUGUGGUCAAGUAUGACAAGAUUUACAUAGCCACCGGCGGUGCGGCUGUAAAGCCGCCCAUUCCUGGUGCCGACCUGGAGAUGGUGAGGACGGUGCGCGACUAUAAGGAGGCCCAGGAGCUAUUCGAAUUGGUAACGCCAAAAUCGCGUGUCGUCUGCCUCGGCUCCAGUUUCAUAUCGUUGGAGGUGGCCGCGGCGCUGGUGUCGAAGGUGGCCAGCGUUACGGUAAUCGGGCGCGACACCGUCCCAUUGAAGGCGGCCUUCGGCGAGGAGAUUGGCGCCCGUAUCAUGAAGCUGUUCCAGGACAACAAUGUGACCAUGCUGAUGGAGAGCGGCAUCACGAACAUCAUUGGCGACGAGGAGGGUGAGCUGAUCGAGGUGGACCUGCUGGAUGAGUCGACCAUACCAUGCGAUAUACUGGUCAUGGGCACCGGCUCCAGGCCGAACACCGAAUUCCUGGUCGAUUCGGGUGUGCGGGUCAAUGAGAACGGCACCGUCGACGUGACCGACUUUCUGGAGACGAACGUGCCCGAUGUCUAUGUGGGCGGUGACAUUGCCAACGCCCACAUCUACGGCCUGGCCCAGUCGCGCGUCAACAUCGGCCACUACCAGCUGGCCCAGUACCACGGCCGGAUUGCGGCGAUCAACAUGUGCGGCAGCAUCAAGAAGAUGGAGGCGGUGCCCUUCUUCUUCACCCUGCUCUUCGGCAAGGGCAUACGCUAUGCGGGCUAUGGCAGCUACAAGGACAUCAUCAUCGAUGGCAGCCUGGAGGACAUGAAAUUCGUUGCCUACUAUGUGAAUCAUGCCGACACCGUCACCGCCGUCGCCUCCUGCAAUCGCGAUCCCAUCGUGGCCCAGUUCGCCGAGCUCAUCUCACAGGGCAAGUGCCUGGGCCGCAAUCAAAUCGAAAACGUGGCGAAUCGCCAGGCCUGGACGGCCCAGCUGCUGCAGCCGUUGCCCAAGGUGCGCUAAACACCACAGAGACCAUCGACCCGAUGCCAGCAACAAGA